AUGUCCGACAUUCAGAACCGGUCCUCCGCCUCGCGGGGUAGAGUAUCCGCCCGUGGUGGCCGAGGCGGCUUCAGCUCCAGAGGUGGUCGUGGUGGAAACAGACCUGCAAAUGACAACUCAGACAUCUCAUCCUUUGAGGAGGGUGAAAUUGGACAGAUGAAGAAGAAGUACUCCGACACUCUGCCAACUCUUAAGGAAAUGUUCCCGGACUGGAAGGACGAAGAUCUGGUGUUCGCACUGGAAGAUUCGAACGGCGAGCUCUUGGAAGCAAUCGAGCGCAUUAGUGAAGGUAAUGUGUCCCAGUGGGGCGAGGUCAAGAAGAAGACCACAGACCGGACUCGCCCGAAGCCCAAGGAGGCCCAGAGUACUUCGACCGAUACGACUGCAGUUAAUGCUCGUGGGACCCGUGGCCGUGGCGGAUUAGAGGGUCGUGGUGGACGUGUUCGCGCAGACCGGGGCCGUGGUGGUCGCGGUGGCCGUGCAGGAGCCGCUACAAACGGAACUCGCACAGUGGCCCCUGCUGUAGAGACUUCGGCGCCAAUUGCUACACCUGCUACCACAUCGGAGUGGAAUACACCCAAGGUGGAGGAAGCUAUCGCAGAGCCCGCAGCUGAAGGCGAAUUGGAGUCAACCGAUUCCAAGAGCAGUGUAAUUCCCGAGGGUACAAAGAAGGGGUGGGCGAGCCUUUUCGCCAAACCACCUGCUCCUCCAGUGCAGAAGAAGCCUCAAGCUGCCCCUCCUGCCCCUGUCGUCGAGAAGCCCGCGGAGCCCGUGGUGGAGCCAUCCAUUCCCACUCCGGAACCUGUGACUGCACCUGUUGCCGCUCAAAAGACUCCCGUUGCCAAGCCCACUCAACCCGUGAUCCCCGCCGUUCCAACCACCACUGUGAAUCCUCCCAAGAGCGAUUUGACCGAGACGAAUCUUGAACAGAUCCCCGAUGUUUCCGCCCCCGCUCCUACCGCCACCGCCGCAAGCACCGUUGGCAGUGGUAUCGACCCCGCAGCUGCGGCUGCAGCUGCUACUCCUGCUACCAAGCAGGGCCGUACCCCUGGUCUUCAACGUCGUGUGAUGGAACAGCAGCAGGCUGUGGUCAUGCCUGGUAACCAUGCUGUGGACCGUGCUGCUGUUCAGUUCGGCAGUCUUGGAUUGAACGGUGACGCUGUGGAUAUUGACGAGAACCGCGAGGAGGCCGAGACCCGUGCUCAGCCCCCGCAGCACUCCCCUGUUGCUCCCCGUGCCUCUCUUCCUCCCGCGACUCAGGCUCCUUUGGAGACUGGUGCUGCUGGGCGUCCUGCUCCUGGUUUGCCUCCGGUCCCUCAGGCAUCUGCCGCCGACUCCUUCACCGACUUCGCUCGUUACUCUGAGCCCCAGCAGAAGCCAUUCGAUCCUUUCACUCAGCAAGUGAGCCAGCCGCAGCCGCAAAUCCCUGAGCCAUUCGCCAACCAAGCCCCCGUUCAACCUACCGCUACCACUGGCAGCGAGUACUCUCCCUUCUACGCCGCUGACCAACAGCGCUUCCCCUACUACGGCUCUUAUGGUUCUUACGGCCAGUCCCAGGAUGCGCCUACCGGUCCCCGUGCUGGAGCUGCGUUCGGUGCUUCUGGUGCUGAGGCUCAGGCCCAAAUUCCCACCACACAGCCUCCCAACCGUUACGGACCUGUUGAUGCCACCAACAGUGGACACAACACCCCUAACCCCACCAUUCCUGGCGCCACUCAGCAGACCCCCACUGCUCAGCACAUGCCUGGUCAAACUGCGCAACAGCACGCCUAUGGCUAUCAAUACCCCUACUACAACAACCCGCAUUACGCUACCUACAUGAACCAGAUGGGCCAGCAGCAGUAUGGUGGCGGAAACCGCCCGAGGUAUGACGAUGCUCGCCGGUAUGAGGAUCACUACAUGCAGCAGCAACAGCAGCAGCACAGCCAGCAAUACGGUUACGGCAGCCAAUAUGGUCCCUACGCCGGCAAGGGUGGCAUGUACGGCCAGCCCCACGGUGCUUUCUCUUAUGAACAACACUCCUCUUCCCCCGCCAACACCGGUAGCUUCAGCCAAGCCAUGCCCAGCCGCGACUCGGUUUACGGCCGCACCGGCUCUGCCCAGCAGUCUGACAACCAGUCUGCCACCGGCACCAAUGCCUUCGGCACUGGAAUGUCCGAUGUUUUCAGCCGCUCCCAGGGCAGCUUUGGUCAAAACCCUCCUAUCGCCGGACAGCCCCCAGUUGCCGCCGACGAGACCAAGGGCUUUGAAGCCCCCAAGGCCGGUGGUCCCAGCCCCUCGCUUGCCCAGAACCGCCCCGGGUCUGCUACCAACAGUGCCCCCGGUCAGCCCCAGGCACAGACUGGUCUUCCUCCUCUCCAGGGUCAACAGGGUCAGCAGUCUUUCGGAAGCUACCCUCAACUGAACCCUCAGUAUGGCGGUCUCGGUGGUCUCGGUCACCAGGGUGCGGCCACCCAGACUCACCAGGCCUCCGGCUACGGUAACUACGGUGCCGGCUUCGGUAACUACUACGGAAACUCCGGUCGUGGCGGCUGGGGUGGCAACUACGGCCACUAA